AUGACAGAUCUACGUUGUUAUGAAGAUAUUAAUGGAACUGUUCAAUUAAUUGAAAACUGUCGUGCAUGUAUUAUUUUUAUUGAUAGAAAUAUUAAUAGAACAAUAUCAUCAAAAAAAAUGAUUAUAGAUAAUAAACCAUCAAUAAAAGGAUUAUUUUUCUAUAAUGAAAAAAACCGUUAUCGUCGUUAUAGUAAUACUAUAAUUCAUCAAAAAUGUGCUCAUGAAUCUGAUGGUCCAUUAUAUGGUUAUGAUAAAACACAUUGUUAUUGUAAUUCAAAUCAAUGUAAUUUAAACAUUCAACGAUGUAUUCAUGAAAUAGUAUCAAAACGUUAUUUUUCAUGUUAUCAUGGUUCUAAUACAAGUUAUUAUUCACUUGAAAUUUAUAAACAAUGUCGUAGUUGUCGUAUACGUAUAGAAACUGAUUUAACUUAUUAUUAUGAAUGUUUAACAUUUGGUGAACAAGAACAAACAAAUUAUACAUAUUGUACAUGUCAACAGCCAAUGUGUAAUCAAGAUUUUGCAAUAUGCCAACGUUUUCAACAGAUAUCAAGUCAACCACGAGUAAAUUCAAUUCAUGCAAGCGUACUUAAUUCAACUAAGAGUACUUCUAACAGUACAAUAAUGACAAUAACAACAACAACAAUAACUACAACAAUAACAUCAUUGAUCAUUAAUUCGACAAAUAUUCUAAUGAUCUUAUCAAGUAUCAAUCAAACUGAAGUAGAAAUUUUGAUUGAAAAUUCAACAUUAAUUGAACUAACGUCAGCAUCAUACAAUGAAACAAAAGAAAUUAGAACAACUAUCGUUGAGAUAAAAAAUCAUGCGAAUUAUUUCUCAUCAAAUUUUUUUUUAUUGUUCUAUUUCAAUCAUUUUUUGUUAUUUUUAUUUUUUACAUGUGAUCACUAA